AUGAGGAAGGAAAAUUCUCUUUCUUCUGUAAAAGUUUUAAUGUUGGAAGGUCUGGUUUCGGGGCAGGUGUAUGUCAUAAAGAAAUGCAACUGGGUUCCGGCUAAAUGUAGGAUUUUCGCUUGGAGGGCAGAGCUCGAUCGCAUACCGAUAAGGCAAGUUCUAGUUAAAAGGAGUGUUGCAAUGGAAAUGGAUGAUUGUGUUCUUUGCGGGGAAGAACAGGAAACAGUGGAUUUGUUCACGGCGUGUAGCGUUUCGCUAAGAGUUUGGAAUCAACUUAGUAGGCGGGUCAAACUUCCGCCAAUUUAUGCUUUUUCGUUCAGAGAUUUGAUGGAGUUUUACAAGGUGUGUGGAUUGGGAAUGAAAGAAAAGGAGGUAGUUCAUGGGCUGGUGAUCACAUGGUGUAUAUGGAAGGUGAGGAAUGAUAAGGCGUUUUCAAAUGGUAGAGGGGAUAGUGAAAGCAUAUUUGGAAAUAGCAAGGCGUUGGGUUUCCUUUGGUUAAAAUGUAGGUCUAAGCAUAAAAAUAUUGUUUGGAAAGAUUGGUGUAAAUUUCCGUUAUAUAUGUUGUAA